AUUAAUUAUUAACCAAAUGAUCUUUCAUUGUUACUAUAUUCGCUGUUUACAGUUUACUGUCUUUUUGCUUUAUAUGGUAUAAAUGACUUGAAUAUGAGCGAUUUGCCUGCGUUAUUACUCUUGGCAUUAGUUGUACUUUAUGUCAUUUUAAAGUUCUUGAAUGUAGUCGAGCCGGCAAGAGCCCCAAAGUUGUUUUUUCGAAGGGCCGGAAGAGGGGAUCGUCUUGUUACUCAAAUCGUCAACUUAUGUCCAAUUUUGCAACAAAGGUGAGGAGAGAAAUCAGGAUGCAUAAACAGUUUAUUUGCAUGUGUAUUGAUUUUUCUGAUUACAGAGUUGGCUGUUAUAAAGUGUAACUUAUAUAAAUGUAAUAAUGUUGUAUAUAAAACAACACAUAAAAGCGGUAUUUACAGUUUGUGGAUUGCGAGAAUAGAAAAUAAAAUAAUGCAAAUACAGCUAUGCAGCUAGGUAUAAAUUUCUGAUUGCUAAAAAUAAGUACACAAAGGUUCAAUGUAAGGAGCUGUUUAUAUGCGGCGAACCAGCCAGCCCGGGUACAUGGGCUGGCGCGCUUUAGCCGAGAUCCCACUCAAUUUCCUUUUGCAUUUAUAUGGGAGCAUUCGCUGGCCCGACAAAACAAGAUCUUGGGUGACCAGGCUAGGAAUUUUCCAUAUAAACGCAAUGACCCUUGUGCGUAUAGGAUAUGGCAAAACCCAGUGUGGAAAGUUUGUAUCGCGCGGCGGAUAUCUCCGCCGCGCAAUUUUGAUGCUUUUUAUAUAUUUACUAUUAAAUUUUCGAAAUGUCCGGCGCGCAAUUUCCAAACUUUCCAGUCUGGGGCAAAACUACAAGCGGAAGAUUGAUCUUUGACGAGCAUAUUUGGCAAACUUAACAGCAAGGGCGGGUAGUAGCGAAGUAGUUGUAGUUCGCUACUGUAGCGAACUACAAUUUUCAAGUAGCCAGUAGUUUUUGACUACUUUUUCAAAACAGUAGUUGUAGUUAUAGUGAACUACAUUUUGCCUAAAAGUAGCCAAGUAGUUGACUACUUUUCAAACAGCGAAUCGCUAUUCGCUACUUUUUAAAAUUGUUAGCAACUUGAUAGAAUAGCAUGAUAUUGAGACACGGUUUGCUUAAAACUAUCAAUACUCAAUAGUCAAUUUGCACUCCUGAACACUGUAGUGCUUACAAAAAUGUUGCUUUGUGCUUACUGUUGCUACUCGUAAGUAGAUUUGUUAUAGGUUACAUUACAGCCUGAGUAAGUAGAUGCUCCAAAUACAGUAAAACUAAAAAAUAUAGCGUAGCGAAAUAGUUCGCUACAUUUUUUAAGCAGUAGCUGUAGUCAGUAGCGAACUACUUUUGUUCAAAAGUAGCAGUAGUUGUAGCUGACUACAUAUUUUUGAAGUAGCUGUAGUUAUAGCGAACUACAAAAAUUUUGUAGUCAACCCACCCUUGCUUAACAGUUUGGAAUUCAGCUACAAGUUUUUCAAGGAUACAGGAUGGUGUAUAUACCUGUACCAAGGCCAGACAGCGAUAUUCACCCGAAAGCAAUUGUGGGUUAACCCUUGCAAACAGCCAGAAAUGUUGUGAAAUUUUUUUUCUAUAUUUUUAGAUAUGUACCCCCAUUAUUAUGGGGUAAAAAUGGCCAUUUGCACACAUUUGUAUUUUCCAAACUCAGUCCUAAGAUUGAAUGCAGGGCAACACGGCAGCAUAGUGUUAAACUGGAGGAUAAUUCCACUGUCAUAUUUGAUAUUUUUGAACCAUGUCCAGAUGAAAAAAGUGAGGUAGGGAAACAGAGAUAACUGCAGUUGUUGUUGACAUCUGAGAGUUGUGGUAAUUUGGUGAGAAAAUUGGGGUAGGGGCUGUGGUCCCAGCCUUGGCCAUUGGGAGGGGAUUGAGGCGGUGCAAAAGGUUUCCAAUUUCCUUUUCUAAUUAAAUUAAUGGCCCAACUAAUAAAGUAAUUAUAUUACCCUUACUAUUAUUAACCCUUUAAGUGGCAAUGCGCCCCACUUUAUUAUUUUACUCUGUCUAAUGCCAGACGAUUUUACUCAUUAGGGGGAGAGUGCUCCCACUCAAUGGGUUAAUCAGACUAUCUGCCCAUGGAUGCACCCUGUUAACCCUUUACUGUCGUUCCAAUUGAAGUGUUGCUCAAAUAUUGAUUCGAUACAUUACCUUGGGCUGACCAAUUCAUUUCAUCAAGUUCCUUGAGAUAUUCAUACACUUCCUAGUAUAAUUGUAAACUUCCUGCCAAAUAGUUUGAAUGCACCAAUCACCUCUGUUGUUUGUGCAACUAACCAAUCAUAAAUAGAAAGGAAGUGACCAGAAAUGAUCAAAUACUUGGAAUUGGCUCUUUCACAGGAAGUGCAUGAAUUUCUCAAGGAACUUGAUCAAAUGAAUUGGUCAGCCCGAGGUAAAGUAUUGAAUCAAUAUUUGAGCAACACUUCAAUUGGGAUGACAGUAAGUGGGAAUGCAGCCAGAUGCACCCCACUUUAUUAUUUCAUUCUGUCUAACACCAGACCAUUUUACUCCUCAGGGGGAGAGUGCUGUCACUCAAUGGGUUAACCAAUUGAGUGGAUUGAAGCACUUUCCCCUUGAUGAGCAAAUGUCUUGUGUUAGACAGAAUAAAAUAAUAAAGGUUAAUAAUGGAUAAGUGUGAGUUGAUGUUCGGUCGAGCCACAAUCAAACCAUGCCCAUUUUUGGUAACUAUACCAAAUUUCUUGAUUACCCAUCGUUAUGUGGACCACAGGGCCACAGGUUUGAGGGCCACAGGGUUGUUAGAGGGAAUUCACUAUUAUGUGCUACCCUCUUGAAAUAAAGUUUUUCAUUCAUUCAUUCAUGUUAAUCUUUAUAUGAAACCCACUUAAUUUUCACCUCCCCCCCUCCUGGGGUAAGGCACCAACGAUGUCGACCCCAGUCAUAGGUUGGCUGAAAGAGGUGGGCCAAGUGGGAAAUUUGUUUAGGCCCCCAAAACUGAUCGAUCCUCCAAAUUCUAGAGGCAGCAGCCAAAAUUGAAAGGGUACACAUUUCAACUCACCUUCAAAAUCUUUGUCUAUACUGGAUUAUAUACCUGUUUAGCACAUUAAACUAAACUAAAUUUGAGCGUAAAGCAUUGUGUAUGGAGGUUCACUGAUCUAAAGCUGUGCUUCUGAUGUUGUAGUUAACAGGUGACUACACAAUUGUCGUGGUUCCUGGAAUAGCCAAUGAUAGCAGUGGAGCUUAUGUUUUGUUACUUUGUAAAUAUGCGACCAAACUGGGAUGUCGCGUUGUCGUCCUGAAUCACCUUGGGGUGCUGCCUGGAGUGAAAUUGACUUCAAAAAGAAUUUUCACAUAUGGUUAGUUGCCUUUCUCAAAUAUGGUUAGUUGCCUUUCUAUUGCAAGUGAAAUGCUGGACAUAUAUGUUUAUCAGAAAGGGCCUUUGGCUUUGCUUGAAAUGUCAAAGUUCUCUUUGCAGGACUUGAAAUAACGUUCCCAAAGUUCCUGAUUUACAUAAACCUCAGCUUUGAUUUUCUCGGCUUAGACAAUGUUUAUUUUUAAAAUUACUUCACCAAUGAACUCAUAAGAUGGGUCACUUUUUAAGUACGAUAAAACAUUCGCAUCCGAUCUGUAUCUGAUAUUCAAACUCUCGCCUUCGGUUCGAGUUUGUAUAUCAGAUACAGAUCGGCUGCUCAUGUUUUAUCUAGUACUUAAACGUUAUACAGGAACCAAAUAGUUUUGUCAAACUUGUACAAAGGCAAGCUCUUUGCCUGAAACUGACCACUUGAAUUCAGUAUAAAUAAACAUGAUUCAUGUAUUUUUAUUUGCGCAAUAAUUCUCUAAUUUCACACGUGUACAUGCUAAGUUUUUUUCCAUUCUGGUGACCAUAAAAGUACCCUCAUCUUCUGUGUUUCUAAAUACGUGUCAUCUUCCUGUGUUUUAUGACCUCGUUUACUUUAUCUUUCCAUCUUUUGUGUGGCCUUCGUGUUUUUCUUGGAAUGGCUAGGUCCACGUAGUUGUUGUAACAAGUUUGGAACGUGCUGGUAGCGACAUGUAAGAAGCUUGAUGGCAUUACUAGUAUACGAUACUUGUUACAAAGUUGUUCUAACAAGUCUGAUACAUUCAUAAUUAAAUAUAACAAGAACCUUACAAAGUUGAUGACACAAGGUUGUAACAAUAUUGUUACUUAUCAUAACUGUAUCAGACCUGUUGGAACAACCUUGCAACGAGUCUGAUAAUACCAUCAAGCUUAAUUGUUACAAGUUGUUAACAGCUUGUUCCAAACUUGUUGACAACUUGGGACAAGCAGUGCAAACACAACUUGUUGACCGCUUAUUGGCAGACUUGCUACAAGAUGCGAGAUUUUUGCGUGUGUAUAUUCCUCUUUUUUGUCACAUGCAUGGGCUAGGUUUAAUUUCAACUUAUAUAACUAUAUAACUGAAUUGGUAUCUUAAUGCUAAUAGAGAGUAGUAUCGAUUAUAUAGAAAACGAGAUUGUUCUCAUGGGAAUAGACCUUUCCCCUUUUGAGUGAAAUUUUGAUGUAGACAAGUCUGGACAAAAAUUUCAUCACAGCUUGAAAGAGCAUCACAAAAUUAGUAAUAUUCCGAAGUUUCGUUGCGAGAUGUUGUAAAAUGCAGAGAGUAAUUCAGCCUUGCGAAGUUUGCCGUUUUUCAGUCAUUUUGUAUUACAAAUGGGAAAUUGAUAAUCAGUUUCAUCAUCGGAUUAUCAAUUUCCCGUUUGUAAUGCAAAAUGACUGAAAAACGGCAAACUUCGCAAGGCUAUAUUAUCCGCAUUUUACAACAUUUCGCAACGAAACAUCGGAAUAUUACUAAUUUUGUGAUGCUCUUUCAAGCUGUGAUGAAAUUUUUGUCCAGGCGCAUCUAGAUCAAAAUUUCACUCAUAAGGGGAAAGGUCUAUUCGUACAGUUUUUGUCUUAUCUAGAAACACAAGUAUACCAAUUUUUUAAUUUUUUGUUUCUACAGGCAGUACAACUGAGUUAGAUGCAAUGGUUAGAUACACGACGGAAAAUUAUCCCAAUACCAAGCUACUGGGCGUAGGUUUUUCCUUGGGAGGUAAUAUACUGGUCAAAUAUUUGGGAGAAAAUCCUGAACAUCAGAGAAAUUUCAUUUGUGCAAUCUCUCUCUGUCAAGGCUAUGAUAUUUUGAAGUAAGUACCGUACAAUCUGCUCAAUGUCCGCUCUAGAACAAUGCUUUAUUGUGUGAAAAGAAUGCUUUUAUUGAGUAUGAGAACAAUGCUUUUAUUGUGUGAAGAACAAUGCUUUUAUUGUGUGAGAACAAUGCUUUUAUUGUGUGAAAGCCAUCCUUAUAUUGUUCUAGAACAAUGGCUAUUGUUCAAAAUGGAAUAUUCUUCGAGUUCGAGAACAAUACUUCUAUUUUGUGUAAUGUACACAAUAAAUACAUCUUCAUUACUUAGGCACUUAGGCCGGCCACAAUGCGAUACAAUAGGCAGAUGUUUCAACCACAAUGACCUUCAAUUCUAGAGCAUGUCCAGCAAUGGAAGAAUGGGAUGGAUUACGUCGUGGAUAUAACUGGUUGAUUACACAAAAAGUGAAGUCGGUCAUUAAACGACAUGCUCAAGAACUGUUAGGAGGAUGUUCAAGCACACCUUAUCAAGAGUUUAAGAGAAACAAAGUUUUGAUGGCAACUUCGCUUAAAGAAAUUGAUGAACAUUUUGGCAGGUAGUUAUGAUAGGUCUGGGUUUACAGUAUUUUGUAAUUAUAUGCUAGUAUUUAUAGUAAAAUACAUCUUCAUGUAACUAUAUAUAUCUGUGUACAUUUACAACUAUAUCCAAGUACUCUAACUCUACAACCUUCUUAUUUUAGAAAAAUGGCGGGAUAUCAAAGUGUGGAUGAUUACUACAAGUACAGCAGUAGCUCAUAUUAUAUUGACAAAGUAAUGUGCCCAUUCUCAUAUAAAUGUCGAUGAAUUUAAUGAUUGUCCCUAUUCGUACGCUUAUUUCUGUUUCUUCGAAACUGUUAUUUUAGGUUGAGAUUCCUAUGUUACUUGUAAAUUCUCAAGAUGACCCUUUGGUACCAGAAGAGUUAUUGGAAACUCCGAAGAAAUACGUCAACAGUAUGUAUGAUUAUACAAUAGAACAAUAUAAUAGAAAUAUUAACAAUACAAUAAACAAUAGAAUUUCUUCGACAAUAAACUAUAUUCCCUUUUGGUAGUUGAUCACGAAUUCCGUUUCAGGGCCCUUAAGCGCCCUGAUGUAGUUCUCUCCAGCAACGAGUGAACGACCCUUUCGUCAGGAGAGUUUGUACGAAGGGACCGAAGGAUUUUCUUUCAGAUAACUUAGUUAUGCGUCCUCAGGCUCAGUACAAACACGAGCACAAGAUGCAUUAUGCGUCUACACGUGUAAAAAUCUCACCACUUGUCAAAAAGAUGUGUUCGCAACAGGCUUGUAGCAAGCUUGUCAACAAGUUGUAACAGUGCUGUUAUUUUAUCAAGUUGCUAUACAAGGUUGUCACUCACAACUUGUUGAGAAAUUGUUGAAUUGCAGGACGGCGUCCACGCUAUGAUAUUAAUACUCUGUAACAGUUCGUUGUUACAUUGAUAUAUUGAUAUUGCGUAUAUAUCAAUAGGAACAAAACCAGUUCAUUCAUACUUGUGAUUCGAUACUUGUAAACUUCAUACAAAAUCUUGAAUUUUUAAAUGCCAAAAAUUCACAACUUUGCGAAACAUUCCGCACAGGAAACAUGGGAAAUGCUCUCCGAGACUUCGGCAAAAAUUUUUCUGGGGGAAGCAUGCCCCCAGACCCCAAUAACAAUUUUCUUCAGACGCCACUCCGCAGUCCGCCUACACACGUAAAAAUCUCACAACAUGAUGCGUUUGCAACAGGCUUGUAGCAAGCUUGUCAACAAGUUGUAACAUUGCUGUUAUUUUAUCAAGUUGCUACAAGAUUGUCGCUCACAACUUGUUGACAAAUUGUUGAAUUGCAGGACGAUAACAAAUUGUUGGAACAACUUGUAACACGUCUGCUGAACUCAACAACCUUGUAGCAAAUUGUUAACAAACCGUUGACGACCUGUCAACAAGCUGGGAACAAGCAGUGCGAACACAUCCUAUUGACAAGUUGUCGGAACAGCGUUGCUACAAACGUAAAAACGCACAAGUUGUAACAAAUCUGCAGCAGACUUGUAGCAAUGCUGUUUCAACAACUUGUCAACAGGAUGUGUUCGCACUGCUUGUUCCCAACUUGUUAACAAGUAGUCAACGACUUGUUCACAACUUGCUACAAGUUUGUUGAGCUCAACAGACUUGUUACAAGUUGUUCCAACAACUCGUUAUCGUCCUGCAAUUCAACAAUUUGUCAACAAGUUGUGAGUGACAAGCUUGUAGCAACUUGAUAAAAUAAGAGCAUUGUUACAAUUUGUUGACAAGCUUGCUGCAAGCUUGUCACGAACACAUCUUGUUGACAAGUUGUGAGAUUUUUACAUGUGUACAAGUCUGUUGCAGGUGUGUUACAACUUGUUCGUUUUUACGCGUGUAGACGAACCACAGUCGGUUGUCUCUCAAGGGAGUCAAGAGACGCACAACCGAUGACAGCUCGAAUGCAUGCAUCUUGUUCCAUCUUCAUACUGAAGACGCACAGCCAUUGUCAGCAAUGUCAUUAAUUUGUCGCUGUUUUUAGGACCAAAUAGUAAAGCGUUAUUUGUGCUGUCGCAGUUUGGUGGCCAUCUUGGAUUCUAUGAGGGUGGACUGUUCAGACGAGCCACACAAACAUGGUUAAAUAAAGUUAUAUUACAGUAUAUUAAUGCAGUUUUGACAAUUGAAGAAAAAUCAAUCUCAUGAUAUAAAGUUGGAAAUUAUGGUAACAGGAUAAGGUAUUGUAUUGAUCAUAUUUUUGUAAAAAUACAUCUAUUUUGAAAGUGACUAUAUUAUUGCAUAACGUACAUUAUAUAUAGCAAUUAUUCCAAUGAGAGCUAGUUUGUUUUUUGUUUAUAUAUUUACAGAUGCGGUUAUUAAAUUAAGUUUAAAAAAACAAGUUAGUAAUUUUAAAUUAUAAACGGCUCAAUUUAUUCUAGAGAUGGAUGAUCUUAUUGACAAACUUGGGUUUAGAUAAAAUAGUUCAUUUGAUGAUUUCUAGGUGUGACAAACAGGGAGAUCCUCUAUUUUAAAACAAAACGAUGGGGUUAGUUACACAUACUUUGCCAGUAUAUAUGGCACAUUUCUAUAUUUCUGUCUUGCGUUUAGAUGGAGCAGAUGAUCAGUCUGACAGAUUAUUCACAUCUAGAAUAAAUUGGCCAAUUACGUAUUAUAAUUUGUGCAUAAUACACUGACUGUUCUUUCUUUUGAAAAAUAAUCUGUACAAAGUUUUUGAUGUAGGAAAAGAUCUUUGGCAAAGAUCACAUAUUUCUGUUUAUGUCAGACAGCAUUUCAUCUAAACUUUACACUAUGUAUCACCUGUCAUUAUGGCUAUGAACUCUUCUUCAUUGACUAAAAUGACAAAACAAGUAGAAAUAUUAUGUGGUAUAAUGGGCAGGGAUGGAUUUACUGGCCAGAGGGGGUGCAGGGGGGCGUGCUAUUUGUUAUGAUUUUUUUAGCAAAAAAGACAAAAUGAGAUACAGUAAUUUGAGUAAUAACAUGAUGAUAAGUGAACUGUGAACAACAAUUACAAUUCAAAUACAGUAGUUGAUGGGCGGGCGGCACACAUGACCGACACAACUCAGCAGUCGGCACCAGAGCACCCCCCUACCAGAUCAUGCUGGAAACAUCCCUGAUAAUGGGUCCAUAGGCAUACAAGGGGGCUGCAGCCCCCUCCCCCCACACAAUAAUUUUUUGGUCAGGCAGUUCGUACAUAAAAGUCGGGCAGAUUGUACUUAAAAAUUGGAAUUUGGGGAAUAUUUUUGCUGUCAGUCAAUUUCACAAACGUCAGACAAAUUUUCUUCCUAUACGCCCAUGUCCCACUUAAUUAACCUACUCUAUGCCAAAUGCCAGGAAAUUUUAAGGUGAAAAGGUAAGUCGAAAGAUUUAUGUAAGAAACUUCUUUUACAGGAAGACAAUUUCUGUUAGUCCACAUCUCUGAGAAAAGCUAACUAGUGCAUGAGCUUGAAAUUCAAGUUCUGAAAUCCAAGACAGUUUCUUUUGACUUACUUUCACCAUCGCCAUCUUUAUCAAAUUCAUCAAUCAUCGCUCGUAAUUCUUCAUCUGUCAUCGUCUCGCCAAGUUCUCGAGCGACACGACGAAGGUUUCGUAAACUUAUUUUACCACUGUCGUCAUCGUCAAAUAGUCUGAACGCCUUAAAGAUUUCCUCUUGCGGAUCUCGGGCAAGCAUCCAAUCCGUCA